AAAGUUGAAAGGUCAUCAAUGCUAAUGCUAGGCGGCUAAUCGCUGCUUCCGAGUUGUUCCAGAUGUCAUACAGUUAUAAAAAGCUUUAAUAGCGAGGAUGUCAGACACAGAAGAAAAUACAGCAAUGAGCGAUCCGUGUGUCCUGAUCACGAGCUCUGACGGCGCGUUUAAAGAAGAGGAACUUAUAAAACAGAUUCUGAAUUCAGAUACUUUACCUGAACCCACAAAAACGGACAAAGGAGUGGUCUGGUAUCCCUGGACCAUCAACAACAAAUAUUACACAGCAGAAGUGUCCCUGUGCGCUGUCCCCAACACGUUUCAUAUGUCACUAGAGAUUUUCCAGGCUACACAGGCUUUUAUCGCUUAUUUUGACAGUUCAGUGAAAGAUGGACUAGAAAAGUUGAAUCCUUGGAUUUCUGUGGUAGAAGAGAUCGCUCCAGAGGUUCUGAUUCUAGUUUGUGACCAAGUCUGUGAACACGGAGUCACGAGACAUGAAGCACAACAGUGGUGUUUGUCUCAUUCAUUUGAGUUAAUAGAGCUUAAUCCCCAGGACAUUCCAGAUGAGGAGGAUGAUUUUCCAGAAUCCACAGGAGUGAAGCGUAUCAUUCAAGCACUAAAUGCUAAUGUGUGGUCCAACGUAGAGAUGAAGAAUGGAAACAACCAGGGGCUUGGUCUGAUGAACAGUUUGGUGGCUGUGGCAGGGAGGCACAGUGCUUCACGGAGCAGUGCAGAACCUUCACUCUCAAAUUUACAAACACUGGGGGCUGUAGAUGUUGAGGAUCAUGAACAAACAAAAAGUGAAAAAUCGGCCGCACAAGAGGAGAGUGUUGUUGAUGCAAUGACAGAUUUGGACAUCCGGGAACUUGCCGAUCUCACCGCGGGGAAUGCCGAUGUGGAUAAUUUCGAGCGUCUCUUUACUAAACUCAAAGAGAUGAAAGACAAGGCCUCAUCGUUACCUCAUGACCAACGCAAGGUCCAUGCGGAGAGAGUAGCAAAGGCGUUUUGGAUGGCCAUUGGAGGUGACACAGAUGAAAUAGACAGUUUGUCCUCAGGAGAAGAAAGCUAAAAUCAGACUUCCUUCUGAGAUUACAGCCCUCGCUCUUUUCACCCCAGGUUUUUUUAUUUUUUUAUUUUAACAACUGAUCAGAUGAAGGGGCUGCGCCAGGGGGAGCUUGAGGUGGCCUCUUUAGGAACAGGCUAAGUCAGCGUCCAAAUUGAAAACCUUAGUGCCCCUUUUAGCUUCAACUGAAAAUGUCUGGCUCCGCCACUGAUCACAUGACACUAGUCUAUCCAGCAACCUGGCAGUUAAAUCUACAGUUUAAUAAAUGUUAUCCACUAAAUAACACUUUUAAUUAUUGAUAAUUAAAGUUUUAAUUUUUCCUGUGUGUUUAAUAUAAAAUGAAGGAGUCCAGUGUUAAUAAUGAUGACCCCAAUCUGUAACUUUUUGAAAGCUGUAACUUGUCCCUGUGUGAUACAAGCAGCACUGCACUAUGGGACUGUCUGUAUUUCAUUAUGAAGGUGACACACAGUCACAUUUCAUUGCUGAUGUUAAAUUAAAACUAAAGUUUUAUAAACUGUUGGUAAAGG